AAAGAGAAAAGGUUGGUUAAUACGAUGACUUUAAGAUUAAAUCGAAGUUAGUUGCUUGGUCAUUUAGCGAACUAUUAGCCUUUGAUCCUUGUACAAGAAUGCGCAAUACUCCACCUCCGUGUACAAAGUGAAGCUGUCUUAUUGAUCAGGAGGUGGACAGAAACUGCCACACUUCGUUGCUGGAUGUACAGGAGACACGACGUGUAAACCCAGCCGCUCCCGAGGGUCCUUUCAUGCAAUCAUCGCUCAAGACAUUGUUUCUGCUGCUCUGCCUCACUUACGAAUGUAAUGGCAAAAGUUUCAAUUGUUCUUCUGAGAAUUUCCAGAAAUGUAUGGAUUCGUUACAAGCAGUGACUCAAAGCGAAAAACUUGCAUUUGCUACUACAAAAGAGGAACUUUCGGAUGUCUGUCAGCAGCUUAAAGAAGGCUUUUACUGUGUGGAAAAUCAUAGUAAAAAAUGUUUUUCUACUACUCAAAGACGUUUACUCGAUUCUGUUGUUUCUGGAUCAAGGAACGUUAUCAAAGAUCUUUGUGUUUCUGGAAAUAUACAAGAUAAUUAUUUGAGAUUUGCUAGUUGCUUUAAAAACGUAUCGACAGACGAGAAGAAAUGUGCAUCACAAUAUCGAAGAAUGCUGCAUUUAUCGGAAUACGAAGAGGACGUUAAAACUGACGAAGUGGAAGAUGGUUUGAAGGAAACCUGCUGGUACGAUUCUUAUGUGAGUGCUGAACAAUGA